AUGAGGUCAACUGUAAGAUCCGGUGAAAACGCCGUAGUAGAUGGGAUUGCUUUGGGGGGGAGUAUGCGGUGUCCGCCACACGGGAUAUAUUUUGGCGUGUUUUUGGUUAUUUUGUGACACUUGACGACAUGUACAACUUCACGUCCCUGAGCGCCCACGGGGAGCCAGCGGGGCGCAUUUUCCUAGGUUUCGCGCUUUCUCUCCUCGUGCUGUGGACGCUAUUGGGGAAUUUCACGGUCUGCGCCGCGGUCUUGCGCUUCCGGCACCUGAGAGGAAAAGUUACCAAUAUCUUUAUCGUGUCUCUGGCGAUGUCCGACCUGCUGGUGGCGGUUCUCGUGAUGCCGUGGAAAGCGGCCACGGAGGUGACGGGGCACUGGGCGUUUGGCUCUUUCUGCCAGUGCUGGGUGGCUUUUGACAUCAUGUGCUCCACCGCUUCCAUCCUGAACCUGUGCGUAAUCAGCUUGGAUCGAUACUGGGCCAUUUCAAACCCGUUUCAGUACGAGAGGAAGAUGAACCGUAGGGUCGCCCUCGUUAUGGUCAGCGUGACGUGGAUCGUAUCCGUGGCUAUAUCGUUCGUGCCCGUGCAGCUGAACUGGCACCGGGCCGACCUGGGAACGGUCACCACGAGCAACUGGACCACCAAGGAAAUGUGUGACUCGAGUCUGAGCAGGACCUACGCCAUUUCGUCCUCUCUGAUAAGUUUUUACAUCCCCGUGGCGGUGAUGCUGGUUACGUACACGCGCAUCUACCGCAUUGCUCAGGUUCAAAUCAAGAGCAUCUCUUCGCUGGAGCGCGCGGCACAGCGCGCACAGGACCGCAGAGCAGGUGCGCGCACCUGUCCUCUCCAACACCGCGCGAUAAGGGAAACCAAGCUCUUUAAAACUCUCUCCGUGAUCAUGGGGGUGUUUGUGUGCUGCUGGUUUCCGUUCUUCGUCCUGAACUGCGCGGUUCCUUUCUGCCACGAUCCAAACUGUGUCAGCGAAGCAACUUUUAACGUGUUCGUGUGGUUCGGCUGGUGCAAUUCGUCGCUUAAUCCGAUCAUAUAUGCUUUCAAUUCUGAUUUCAGAGAUGCUUUUGCUCGACUUCUGUGCUGCCAUGACCUGUGCACCAAAACGCCUCUUGAUAUUCAGUGCAAGGUGUCCACAAAUAAUCAGGGCAGCCCUGUUAACACUAUGGAGGUCGGUUAUGUCAGUUUGGAGAAGGUGGACAACCAAAUGCAGCGUCCAUUGGUGGAGAUACAUACGUUUGGAGAUGAGAGCGGGGUUCUGCGCAUUAACUCAGAAGAUGCGAGUCAGAGCAAAUGAGUUUUUGUUAAGACUUUAGUGUUGGCGGACAGGGCUAGUUUUCACAAUUAACAUUUCUCAGGUUUUAUUUCUGAAAGAGAAUUUCUGUAUAGGGACUUACCUUAACGUUUAGCCUACAGAAAGAUUUAAUAACGUCAAGGAAAAGGGUUACAGUUCCAAUACGUACUGAUUUUGUCGGCGCAUGUUGUCACAUUGGGAACCUGCUGUUUAUUGCCUGAUUUGGGGGAAAAGUGUGAAAUGUUUAGGUAAAAAUGCCAUUUUUGAUCUCGAAGUAAGAAUGCCAUUUUUAACGUAUGUUUAAAGUUGUUAAAGAAAUUCGUAAACAGUGAAUCAGUCCAUCCGUAUGUAUGUACAAGGCUACGAAAUAAUCAAAACAGCCUAUCACACAUUUUAUUAAAUUCAUUGUAUGAAAUAAUCUUAGAAAACGCAUAGGAGUCAGGAAAAGUUGGCCCAACCUACUUUUGAAUAUAAUCCAGCAACAUUAAAAGAAGAACGUAAAGGGAUGGUUCACCCAAUAAUGUUAAUCUGAUUACUCUCAUAUCUACAAACCAGUGUAAACUUUCUUCUAUGGAAGAUGAUAUUUUGAGAUGAUCAACUGUUUAGAUAAAACACAUAAACCAUAGAGGAAUUACAUAGUUUCUGGGAAACCUAUUCUUUUAACAUUUAGCUACAUAUGUGUUUUUUCAAUGUUCCAUGCUAAUGAAACUCUUGAAAUGCAGUUUCACCCAACUUUUAGCCUACAUUUAGCCUAUGCAAGGUACAUAUUCAUUUAAACUUUUCUUUUACAGUGUAUUUUACUCUUGGCAUCAUUUUUGUUUGAGUUUAUGUGUUCGCUUUUUACCCCAAAUCUAUAGGCCUAGUUUGCAGGAUAAAACCUAUAAAUAUCCUACAUUCUGAAAACUUGAACUAGGUGCCUGAAACCAAUUAGAUUUGACACCAAAACCUUCAACGUCCUUAAUCCGCGCGACAACUUCCUCAUAGCCUAAUUUUUGUUUACCUCUUUGUUUACGUUUGAAGAUGUCCACCGAGGUCAGGUUAUCACAGCCACAGAAAGAGGUCUGAGGUUUUAAUAGACCGGAUGCCAAAGAACUUGACGAGUCCUGUAUCGUUUUCCAUUAGACACGAGUGCACAUGAUUACUUCCUCUCAUAAAUAAUUAGUUGGCUGCAAUCUCUUCUCGAGGAAUGUUACAUUUCAGUGUGCAAGGACUUUAGAUUUAUGCUAUAGGUGAUACUUUGAAAGCAUGUUGAUGAUCGUCAGCUUUAUCGGGUCUGUUAGCUGAAGAACAUGGCCUUUUUUUAACAGUGCACAACAAUCAGGUAUAUUCCUCUUCACUGGGUUGAUCAUCUCGACUUUGUUAAAUUAGGUUGUACGUCUUCUCCUUCUAUGAAACAUAAACUCAUAAUUAUUCUUCCUUAACACGUUCCAUUAAAUGAUUAAUUCCAAAGCACCAAAAAUCAUUUAAAAAACAUUCCUGUAAAAGUUGCAUACAGAAGCACUUCCUGAAGAGUCUUUUAAGGACACAUUGGGCUAGAGUGUAUUCACGACAGGCAUGUUACAUUUGUAAUUAAUUCACAAUGAGAGGUUUCAGUUGGCUCACAGCAAUGAAUAAAACAUGGGAAGGCAAUCCCUGAUUCCUUAUUAACCUUAAACAAAAAAAAAAAGGCAUUUUUACGAUUGCACGUUUUGUUGUUGAUGUUGACAAGUGCUGAACUGCUGUAAUAUUUAUAAGCUGUUGCAAACUGGUUUAGAUAUGUUUGUGAGUUAAAUCGCUGCUCAGAUUUGUUGCUGAAUGAAAAGGUGUUUAAAAUUGAUGGCCCUUGUAGCUAAAAAUACACCACCGCCCUUGAUGUCUUCUUUUUUGAAUCACAUCCAGCCCCCGAGGCUUGCUUUAAUUUUGGAAUCCGCAGGGAUGCUUGUCUAUUGAAAUUGUUAAAAAGAGCCAUGAUAGAGCCGCUGAGAACAAGUGCAUGCCUCUUUUUACCUAACUCGUCUCUUUUAAGAUCUUAAUUUCUUACAGCGGCCUGGGAAUCUGAGGGAAAAUGUGCCAGUAGGCGUAACAUUUAAACUGGACAUUUAAAUCCUUAUUUGAGUAACUGUCUAUCCCAUAUUCACAGAGAUAUAAUAUUUGGACACUUAAGUCACACUUAAAAUUUAUAAAUGUCAUUGCAAUAAAGUUGGUGACAAUAUGUCCAAUUUUUCCCACAUAUGUACUGACCAGGAGUUCUAAAUUCUUAAAAUGUCUGGGUUUUGGCUUUGUCGUGCUCUCAUUAUACAUUCAUUCAUGCCUUCAUCACAAUUCCUACAUUAUGUAUGGGUAUUUGCAUGGCUCUGACUGUUCACUGUACAUCCCACCUUCUAGCACGCCACAAUCUAGUGUUAGUUUAUUUGAAAAAAAAAACAACAAUAGAUAGACUAAACUAAAUUUCAGAUGCUUUCCGGUUAUCAAACGCUAGUGAAUCAUGUGCAUAGUUAAUGAGUCGGGUUUAUCUCUUAGGACACCUGUGUGAACUGACUUCGUAUAUCAUUGUAAGUCACUCAGGUUAAAGGUAAUUGCCAAAAUCAGAAAACUGAAAAAGCUGUAACAUUUGUUUAAAGAUGUCACUCGAUUUUGUAAGUGUGGCUCAAGUAUCCAAAUACUUCUCGGGGGCCAUUGCAUAUGCUUACUUAAUGAAGAAGAAAGAGUAUCUCUCUCUCCGUGUGCUUGGUCAUCAAACACUCACAGUAACGCUAGCCUGCACACAGAGUUUCCUGUAACUGGUCAAAGAGGUUAAUGUGCACACAUAGUGUUAGGAGAUUAGUCACUGAGAGACGAAACAAACAACAUAGGAAUAAAUUAAGUGUGUGUUAUUUAUUUUUAAGUAUGAAACAUAAUUGAACUUAGGUAAGCGUAAUAGUAAUCAAUCAUAUAAUUAGAGGAGGCUUGUAAAUAAAUAGGUUUUACCUAUUAAAAGAAGAGUUGAGAAUCACAAAAAUAUUGCUUAAUUAUAGUUCAGUUAAAACUGAUUGUUUGCACUAAGUGUCACCGGUGUGUAACAUUCCAAGUUUGUUAUUUUUCUGUUUUUAUAUUUAUACUAAAAAGAUAAUCGUCGAGGCAAGAUAGUGUGAGGGGGAAAUAAAGUAGUUGAUGUUUUCUAAUUUGUCAGUUAAAAUGUGUGUUAGCGUGAUUUGCACAUUUCAUUAAUGUUAAUGGAAAACACAAACAUGUG